AUGCCACUUCUCGAUCCACGCUCAGGGCCGUCCUACGGCACUAUCGAACACGAAAACGCCAGAAUGGAGGACGAAAGGGAUCAACUGUUGCAGGAUGACUGCGAGGUCGAGGGCCAGUCUAGUGGGCUGUCCACACCGGAUGAAAUACAGGAGGGAGUCCAAAAGAUUGAAGCCAUCAAUCUGACUUGGACAACUAAGUCUUUAAUGAUAGCCUACGUCAGUAUAUUCCUCAUGGCAUUCUGCACGUCGCUGGAAGGUCAGACUGUGAUGUCGCUGUCUGCAUAUGCGACGAGUUCAUUCAGUAAACAUUCAUUGAUCUCGACCGUCCUCGUUGUCCAAAAUGUGGUCAAUGCUGUCAUCAAACCCCCUAUGGCUAAAAUCGCCGACGUAUUCGGUCGCUUCGAGGCUUUCUGUUUGAGCAUCCUUAUAUACGUCCUGGGAUACAUCCAAAUGGCUGCCUCUACCAACGUCCAGACCUACGCUUCUGCCCAAAUCUUCUACUCCGCCGGCUCGACGGGCUUGCAGAUCCUCCAACAAGUCUUUAUCGCCGACAGCAGUGACCUGCUCAACCGUGCCUUCCUCGCCCUCCUGCCCGAAUUCCCAUUCUUGGUUACGGUCUGGCUCGGGCCGACCAUUGCGGGGGCGGUGCUGCGCACUUCCUCAUGGCGAUGGGGUUAUGGAAUGUGGGCUAUUAUCUUGCCCGCAUCCUUCCUGCCACUCGCCCUCACGCUGCUAUUCAAUCAACGGAAAGCCCAGAGAUUGAAUUUGAUCAAAAAGCGGACCAGAAGACGGACUGACUUGGGCAGCAUCAUGCGUCGGACCUGGUACGAUCUGGACGUGGGUGGACUGGUCCUUUUGUCGGCUGCCGUCACAUUAAUUUUGGUGCCUUUGACUCUCGCGGCCAACGCAAAGAACGGGUGGAAGAAUGCCAGUAUUCUGGUCAUGAUUGCACUUGGUGUUGUUUGCCUGUGUCUGCUACCGCUCUGGGAGACUUCGCGGAAAUUGGCACCCAAGCCCCUGCUCUCUCUCCACCUCCUCAAGCAGAGGACUGCUCUUGCGGGCUGUGCAUUGGCGUUCUGGUAUUUCAUGGCCUUCUACUUUUCCGUUCAGCCCUAUCUGUAUUCCUACCUGCAGGUUGUACAAGGGUACGACGUCGCCACUGCCGGGCGCGUCACCCAGACCUUUUCUUUCACCUCAACCAUUGCUGCAUUCAGCGUAUCGCUGCUUAUCAAGUACACUCGACGAUACCGCGUCUACAUUACCAUCGGAUGUGUUGUGUACAUGAGCGGCCUAGCCCUGAUGCUCUUGUACCGAGGCGAAGGAGCCUCGCAUUUCCAAGUCCUCGGCACACAAAUCAUAGUCGGCAUCGGAGGCGGUCUAAUUAACGUGCCCGUCCAACUGGGCGUCCAAGCCUCCGCCAGCCACCAGGAAGUCGCAGCAGCCACUGCGAUGUUCCUGACUUCAAUGGAGAUGGGUGGUGCAGUGGGUGCCGCUAUCUCAGGAGCCGUUUGGUCCUCUGCCAUUCCACACAAACUUCUCCGCUACCUCCCCGAGGAAAGCAAAGGCCAAGCUGCUGAAAUCUUCGGCAAACUGACCACUGCUCUGUCAGACCAUGGACAGGCUGUUGACACUGGCUGUCAUCGCCACGCUCCCCUCAUCCCGCUGAGUCUUCUCAUGGUCAACUACAAACUUGACAAGAUGGGCUACGGUAGUCCCAAACGCCGGAGUGACCCGGCUCCAGUUGAGGCAGAGGCAGAGCCCAAUUCGGAUGAUGGACACUCCAAACGAACCUAA